UCGUAUCUUCUAUGAUGAAGAGAUGAAAAAACUGAGUUGGGAAUUGAAUUACAUCAUUCAUCCAAACAGAUUAAACAAACGUGAAAAUUAGAAGAAUUAGCCUAUCGAUCGCCAUUUUUGUAAAAAUUCUAAUCAUUCUUCUUCUUCUUCUUCGACCUUCGCGGAGAUCUUAACUGGGCGCGCUAUCGUCUUCGCUUCCUUUCCUUCCCGAUCAUUUAUUCCAUGAGAUCGAUAUCAAUUUUUUCUAUUCGUCUCUAUUGGGUGUAAAACUUAACUACAAAAGUUGUAACUUCAUCGUGGAUAUCUCUACUAGUCUCGUCCUCAUGGUUUCUAUUUGAGAAUUUGAAAUCAACAUAGUUCCCAGUCUCAACCAGGAUAGUAAAGCGGCAUUUAAAGUAGCCCACGAUGGAUAAUGGAACUUCUAAUAGUUCAACACAAUCGGCAGUCAACAAUUCAGCUCCAACAGUUGAUAACCAAAGUAGUAAAGUAGAUAAUUUGACAUCUAUUUUAUCUACGUCCGGCUUUUCAUCUUGGGCUAAGAGUUUUAGGAAUCCACAACCUGAAGCAGCAAAAAACGACUCCAACGCAGGAAAUUCUGGGAUGUCAGCGAUUGCUCGUUUCAGUAGCGGAUUUGGACUCCAGAUACCUAAAAUGUCUUCUGUACAAGGCGAUGGUGCUGCAGAUACCAAUUCUGGGAUGAAAUCUGGUGUAUUUGAAUCAUUAACAAAAGGUUUAGUCGACACAUCUCAGAAUGCGGUAAAGGCUAUGCAAGUAAAGGCACGCCAUAUGGUCUCUCAGAAUAAGCGAAGAUAUCAGGAAGGAGAAUUUGAUUUGGAUUUGACGUAUAUCACUGAAAACGUAAUUGCUAUGGGGUUUCCUGCUGGUCACAUGAGCUCUGGAAUUUUCGGAUUCCUUGAGGGAUUUUACAGAAAUCAUAUGGAAGAAGUGAUCAAAUUUUUUGAAACUCAUCAUAAGGGAAAAUACAAAGUUUACAAUCUUUGUUCAGAGCGUUUGUAUGAUGCCUCAUUAUUUGAGGGGAAGGUUGCACAUUUUCCGUUUGAUGAUCAUAAUUGUCCUCCUAUCCAUCUCAUAAAAUCAUUUUGUCAAAGUGCAUAUGCAUGGUUGAAGGAGGAUAUCGAGAACGUGGUUGUUGUUCAUUGUAAAGCUGGUAUGGCAAGAACAGGGCUAAUGAUUUGCAGCCUCCUUCUAUUCCUAAAGUUCUUCCAAACAUCACCAGAGGCAGUUGACUAUUACAAUCAGAAAAGAUGCGUGGAUGGGAAGGCUUUGGUUCUUCCUAGUCAGAUUAGGUAUGUCAAGUAUUUUGAGCGCAUUUUAACACAAUUCAAUGGAAAUACUCCACCAGGACGGAGGUGCAUGCUGAGAGGUUUUCGGCUUCACAAGUGCCCGUAUUGGGUCAGGCCUUCCAUUACAAUAUCGAAUCACAGUGAGAUUUUGUUCUCAACAAGAAAGCAUCAGAAGACGAAGGAUUUAAUGCCAGAAGAUUUCUGGAUUAGGGCACCAAGGAAAGGAUUUGUGGUCUUUGCACUGCCAGGUGAGCCUGGUUUGACAGAGUUGUCAGGGGACUUCAAAAUUCAUUUUCAUGACCGGCAUGGGGAUUUUUACUGUUGGUUAAAUACAACAAUGACCGAAAACAAAGUAUUAUUAAGCGACACGGAUCUUGAUGGUUUUGAUAAGAGAAAACUCCCAACUCCUGGAUUUCAAGUCGAAGUUGUGAUGAUAGACUAUGAUGGUACUUUGCCAGCACGAUUGAAAACUGAUUCAGCUGGCAAAGGAUCUGAUCGUCGUUCUAUUCACAAUCGAGCCUCAGGUCAUGAAGCAGGACAAUCCAAUUCAAACAAAAUGUCCGAAGGUGAAGAAAACGAUGACAAUGUAUUCUCUGAUAGCGACGAAGAAAAUGGGGACAUAAAAACCAGUCUAACUCAAUCAACUUCUGGAAAUGGAAAUGGAAACUCAAAAACUGAUCAUUCAUCAACAAUAAUUUUCUCCGAAAGAAUUGGGAGUUUAGCUCAUGAAACUAGUCAUUUAUCCUUCGGAAAUGAGAAAAACUCACAACCUAAUGCUCCCAAAGAACCUGCCGCGAUACAACCGUCAGGCCUAGAGAUCCCAAAUUUGGAUUCAGUAAGAGCAAGUGAUUUCAAGGCAAUAGCCGCUGAUGCGUCAGUUUUCACCUUUGGGGAUGAAGAAGACUUUGAUAGUGAAUGACCGAUGAGUUGAACGGCUGCUUAUAACCAUUUAUACUGGAAAGGUUGUGUCACCAGAAGUUGAUAUUUGAAGUAAGGUAAUAUCGGCUGUCAAUUGGUUGUCUUUCCGGUAGAAUGAUACAACCGGUUGUCUUUCCGGUAGAAUGAUAGACCCCUUCAUUUAAACCGUCGGGUCUCAUGGUAGAGAAAAAAGUACAUCAACGUACUGCAUAAUUCCAAUCUUUUUUUCAGAAGAAUAUCAGAAGCUAAUUUUAUAGUUUGUCCAAAAUUCAAAAAGGGUUGCAAAAUUUUAUUAAUUGCUCAUUGAAGCGAGAUUUUUUAUUUUUUGGUAUGAAAAGUCAAUUAUCGUCUUCACCAAUAU